AUGAAUACACGAAGAACUCGAAAAGAGCCACGAGAUAAUACAUCCCGCAGGACGGGCCCUUGGGAACCUCAGGAAGAUGAAAAAUUACUGGAAAUAGUAAGGGAAUUAGGAGUUAAGCAUUGGAAGCUCAUUGGAAUUAGACAUGGUCUACGUGACGGAAAGCAAUGUCGCGAACGUAGAUGGCAUAAUCAUCUAAACCCUGAUUUAACAUAUGGCCCCUUGACUCCCGAUGAAGACAAAAAAAUAUUAUUAUUUUAUUCUGAAAUGGGCACAAAAUGGGCGGUUGAAAAGAGAGGUGAGAGGAAAGGAAGGAAUGUAAAAAAAAAAACAACAAGGAGUUCGAGUGUGAGUGAUAAAUGGAUGGAAGGUUUUGAAAAACGUGGAUUUAAAGAUACUGGCAAGGACAGCUUAUUUAGUAUAGAAAAAAAGAACGCGGGGACUGCCAAACUGCCGGCACAAAAUUUAGGCUAA